CUCUUGACAGGGUUUUGCAGGAGCAUUAAUUCACAGGAGCGCUGGUUGUGGACUCUGGACAUUUUCACUGACUCGCUCGCUCGCUCACUUGCAAACCUUCAGCUGUGCCUUUUGCAAAGCGUCAAGAGAAGUUCGCACCGAGUAAAUAAAAUACCUCAAGUUGCAAUCCCCGAAGCCAGAGAAAAAAAAAGCAAACGGAAGAGAAGGAAACAGUUGCAACCGGACAGCAACGCUAACCCUUCCUUCCCCUCUAGAGUUGACAAUCCCAAGAAUUAUCAGAACAGGUCGAAGCAAUUUUCCACAGCUGCAUCCCUGACAACAACUUCGUGGCCAACACAUGGCAGAACAGUUUUAUAAAGAUCUGCCUAAAGUUGAACUUCAUGCCCAUCUAAAUGGGUCCAUCAGCAGUACUACCACAGAAAAGCUGAUAACAAAGAAACCACACCUCAGUGACCAGCAUAACAUGACUGUGAUCAGCAGGGGACAAAAAAGGACUUUAGAGGAAUGCUUUGAAAUGUUUAAAAUAAUCCAUCAACUAACUGUCAGUGACGAAGACAUUUUUGUGGUGACAAAAGAUGUUGUUAAGGAAUUUGCUGCUGAUGGUGUGAAGUACAUUGAGCUACGCAGCACUCCGAGGGAGGAGAAGAGUACAGGCAUGACGAAGAAAUCCUAUGUUAGCUCUGUACUUGAGGCCAUUAAGCAGUGCAAGAACGAAGGUGUGGACAUUGAUGUAAGAUUUCUACUGGCCAUAGAUAGAAGGAAUGGGCCGACCAUUGCUAUGGAAACUGUAAAACUUGCAGAAGAAUUUUUUAGGUCCAGUGAUGGUGUCGUGGUUGGUCUUGACCUAAGUGGAAAUCCUGCUGUUGGAGACGGUAAAAAUUUCAUUGCGCCACUUCAAGCAGGCAGAAACCUAGGUCUUAAGCUUGCCCUGCACCUGGCUGAGAUCCCCAACCAAAAUGAAGAGUCUGAGAUGCUGCUCAGUAUUCCUCCAGACAGGAUUGGUCACGGUACCUUUUUGCACCCAGAGGUCGGAGGCUCACAACGCUUGGUUGAUACGGUUAAGAAAUAUCGAAUACCUCUGGAACUAUGCUUCUCCUCAAAUGUCAAAAGUCAGACUAUUUCUUCAUAUGAUCAACACCAUUUCCACUAUUGGUACAACCUAGGCCAUCCCUGUGUGGUUUGUACUGAUGACAAAGGUGUUUUUGGAACAGACCUGUCUCUAGAAUAUCAGAUAACAGCCUCAACUUUCAAUCUUUCCAAAACUCAGAUAUGGGAUCUUUCAUAUCAGAGUAUUAACUGCAUCUUCGCUCCAGAGUCUGUGAAAUCAGAUUUGAAAAGGCGAUGGAAUGAACUGAAGCCUGGGCUAUUUACCCAAGACUAACUGAUCACUACUUGAAAUGGAGUCAAAGCCAAUUUCAAUGUCAGCCAAUGGUAAUCAUUUCUGCUGGAACACAUCUCAUAUGAGUCACAGAUGCAAUAACAAUGCAUGCUAUACUUCACCAUUUCAGAUCUUUGUUCUCUUGUGGUUCUCAUGUUUGUCUUUCUCAUCACUGUGUCGUAACACAAGGCAUCAACCACUCGAUGACCAGGUCACCCUGCAAAUACCUUUCUUUAAUCUGUCAUGUUUUAUUAUGAGAUGUAACAUCAACUGUUGAAUGCCCAGGAAUUCCACAGAAAAGGCUUGUUGUUGUUGUUGUUGUUCAUCACUGGGAGCUGUCUUAGAUACUGAGCGGGAAGCACCCAAUACACAGAACUGCAGUGGCUAGGUUGAAUUUUCUGAUUGGAUAUCAAGUUUAGCAUCCAGAAUCAAGCAAGAAGCCAGUCCAUUGAAUUCUCAUUUACUGCUACGCAAACAAAUUUAAAAAAAGCUCACGAGUGGUUAUGGCAAUUAUAAUACUGCUGGUAAGCUUGUGUAAUCGAACAGUAGACUUGGGACCACACUUAAGCCUUCACAUUUUUGAGGUUAAGCUGGGGGUGGGGAAGAUGAGCUGAAAUGGUUCCAAGGAAACAACCCAGAUCCACAGAAGUCCAAGGAAGGUAUAGCUGACCCAGUGAUUUGGGCUUGCCCUAUGAAUCAAAGCUGUAACAGUUAGGCUACUGAUAGUUAGAAACUUAUGGUGUAACGCACAGUACAGAAAGACAACAGAAGAGCAAUAAAAUAUAGAUGUAACACUCAGCUUUUAUAUAUGUGAACUUUACACGCAAACUUACAGACACACUAAAUCAAACAGGUUUUAUUAUUCAACUGGAGCAUAUUGUACAAUGUAUUGCUUACACUCACACAUAUUUAAGAGGUACAAGUAGUUAGUCAUACAUUAUCAUGUGCUAAAUGCAAACCUACGUGAGGGGUGUGAUGCACAAUACAAACAUACUUUCAUAAGAAUAUUGCAUUUUCAUAGUUGGGUGUGUGCAGGCUCAAAAGGUACACUGCACAAAAUCAGCCCUGGGAUUAUUAGGAAUUAAUUUAGUUUUAUACGGGAUACAUAGCACUAUUCACGUGGCGAAUGUCCAAGCGCUUUACAAAAACUGAGUGGGAGAACAAACCAGGAGGCAAAUAGGGGGUUAGGGAGGAGACAGAUAAAGGCAGCCAAAGAGAUCAAUCUUUAGAAAAGUCUUAGAAGUAGAGAGGACAGGGGGAGAGGGGAUUGAUCCAGAGAGUUCCAGAGGUUGGAAGCUCUCCUGUUAACGGUGGGGUGGAGUAGGCAAAAGGAGCAUAAAGCAAGCCAGACGGAGUAGCCAGGAUGAUGGGGUCAGAGAUCGCAGACAGGGUGGGACAGAGCCAUGAAGGGAUUUGAGGGUAAAAAUGAGGAUUUUUAAGUCAAUCUGCUGGGGAAAGGGCGCCAAUGGAAACAGGCAAUAUUAAGGGUGACGGAGGGAUGUCUGACGAGAAUCUUGUAACACCUUUCCAAAUUUUUGCCUUUAUCCUCUUUUUCCUUACUGCCUAUCUCAGUCUCUAUUUUAUCAUCCUGACUAUGAAACUGUUCUAGGAAACUGUUCCUGAGAUCCAACAAUUCUGCCUGUGUGCUUUUUUUCCAAACUGGUGAAAUCCAAAAUCAUUUCCUAUUUUAACUCAUAUCUUAGGGCUUCAAAUGCUCCCUCUUCUGACACAUUUGAAACUUGAGGAUUCUUUUCAACCUCGACUGUGCACAGCACUUUGACCUUGGUUUCUCAAUUAAAAUAUUGACAUUAUAUAAAAUAUA